GUUUUUCAAACCAUGGCUUUUCAAUGAUACGAUAUUUAACUUAACAUCACUGAGUACUACACAAUCAAAGUAUUUGAAUAUCUUGCAUUCAUUUACUGAGAAAAAAACAUUAUCAUGAAGAAACCGGAGGACGAUAUUUGAAGUACUUUGAAAAUAACACAGAAACAGAAAAUGAAGAAGUAAUAGGGAUGAAAGAGAAACGAAUGGCCAUGUUGGACAUUUUGCUAGCAGAAUCUCUCAACGGUAAUUUGACUGAUUCAGAUAUCAGAGAAGAAAUUGACACUUUCGUGUUGGAGGGUCAUGACACUGUGGCGACAAGUUUAUGUUUUAGUCUACUAUUAUUAGCUGAACAUAAGGAUAUUCAGGAUCGUGUAAGAGAUGAAAUUAAUGAGGUGAUGCAGGAAAAUAAUGGGAAGCUUACGAUGAAUGCGUUACAGAAUCUACCAUAUUUGGAGAGAUGCUUAAAAGAAUCAUUAAGAUUAUAUCCCAGCGUUAAUUUUAUAUCGCGCAUUUGCAUCACUGAUUUAAAAUUACAAUCAUAUAUAACAAAAGGUACAACGAUGCAUCUUUUUAUCUAUACCCUUCAUCACAAUCCUAACUUUUGGCUGAAUCCAGAAGUUGAUCCAGACAGAUUUUUACCAGAGAAUAUACAGAAACGUCAUCCUUAUUCCUAUGUACCGUUCAGCGCAGGGUUACGAAAUUGCAUAGGUCAACGAUUUGCCACGUUGGAGUUGAAGGCUAUGAUAGCUAGCCUGGUGUCAAGAGGCACACCAUGCCUAUUAUACGAGUUGAAAUGAGUAAGAAACGUCAGACGCAAAGGAGUGGGGCAAAACGUGCACAUUGCUUUCCCGACACCAGGGGCGCUACGAGAGCGCUGAAGA